AUGACUAAACCAUCGCACGGGUCUUCACUCCUUCAGGCCCGCGACUCUCGUUCCCAUUCCCAUUCUCAUUCAUUCUUUCACCGGUUUCGACAUCGCCCGCUCCAUGCGCAUGACCCAGAACAACAGUCCUUCGGCGACGACGCAGCUAGCGACAACGGCUUCGGGAAUCACCUCGGAGCCAACGUCGAGCUGGACUCUUCCAACAAUGCUCUCGCCAAGCGCGAUGCGAGCGAAACUUCCCAACCGGUUGCCGUCAAUGCUGUAGGUGAUGAGCAGACUUCUCUCGUUACCCAUGUCCGUCAGACUAUUUCGCUCGUUCAAUAUGUUGACCCGUGGGGUUCGACCUAUGAGACCAAGACCAUCUAUUCGCCGCCAAACACCGUUGUUGUUGAUCCCAAGACUGGCGAAACCAUCGAUAUUUCUAGCGGCCCCGAAUCAACCGUAGCCCUUCCUGGGCCUACCCCAAGCGGGAGCACGUAUUCCUCUUCGUCUCUCGAUUCUGCUACGCCAACGUCGCUGAGCCCGACUCUCACAUCUACACCUUCGUCUGCCACUGUCAAACCCGCCUACCCUAGCGUAGGCGACAUUCGAAACUCAACAAGCUCCGCCUUUCCUAGCAACUCGUCGUUUGCUACACCGUCAAAUAGUUCAUCAAUAUAUAAAUUAAUUUCCACCUCUGUGCCGAUAUCAACAGCCGAUUCGUCAACAACCGAUUCGUCAACCACCUCGGAAACGAAGAGUACUUCGACAUCUGCCCACUCCACCCACUUGACUUCCUCGUCCUCUUUUUUGACCUCGUCCUCCUUCUCGUCGUCGGUAUCGUCGUCGUCGUCGUCGUCGUCGUCGUCAUCGUCAUCGCCAUCGUCAUCGCCAUCGACGUCAUCUUCUUCGGCGACGACGACCGCACCGGGCAAUGGCUAUGGCACGAUCACGGUUCCCGGCAGCCUGCCAACAACGCAAUCGGAAGCCGGCUCUAGCAGCGGAGACAGCCUGACGCCCCAGCAGAAGCAGGUAAUUGGUGGUGUAGUUGGUGCUGUGGCCGGCGUAGCAGUCAUUGGCUUACUCUUGAUGUUGUUUCUGCGGUGGAAGAAGAGGAAGGGCAGCUCUACCAUACUGGACAGCCAAUCAGGGGGGGCAACCUCGCGAACCCUUGGAGAUGGUACAUCAGGCGACAGCGGGUCAGGAGGAGCCAUGGCGGAACGGGCAGCAGCCCCCGGGGCCGUGGCUGCCACUCUCGCUAGCCUGACGGGAAAACGAGCUCCACAAACCUCACACUCUGCAGACAGUGGUGAACGGGGAUUCUACCGAGUUUCGGGCAGAAAACUUCCAUCAGUGUUGCACAGCGGUGGAGAUGGAUAUUCUGAUCCUAGAGGAAGCGCAACCAGCGGUAGUUCAGACUACCAUCGAGGCUCGCAGGCAUUCGCGCCAACAUCUGCAGGCAAAGGACAAUUCGCCUUGGGAGUGCCCAUGCGACCUAUUAGCGGCGUCCCUAUCAUUCGAUCCGGCCCAGCAAGGAUACCUAUCACCCAGAACCCGUUCGCCGAUCCGCCUGCUUCACCUAACAAUUUAUCAACGAGGACGCUGGGAUCCCGCGAAAGCCCAAGAGCUUCGGGGUCAAAAUUUCAAGAAAAAAUUUAG